AUGGAACGGUCACAGUUCCACUUCGCUCCGUCCGAUCUUCUUGACCAAUCUUCGUGUGUAUUGGUUAUCACAAUUGAAGACAUCAACGACCGGUCUAAUAGACCGGUGACGAUGAUGUCUCACGAUGAUUUGUUGAUGAUAUCCUUGGACAUGAAGCAGUUUAAUGGUAUCACAAUGGCAAAAUCAACUAUCAAUGAGGUAAAAAAUACAAACAGUGAGAACAAGGAGUACAAAAGGAAAGAGGAACCACCAAAGAAAGGAAACAAAAAGAAUGUGGAGCAAACUCCGAGAGUUGAGAAACCAAGGCACGAACUAGACUUUAGCGACAUGGAUGCGACUCUUUCUCCACUACUCACGGGGGAGCCUAGUAAAGUGCAAGAGGAGCGACUGACGACGGUUAUUGUUGGGAAGCCGAUGAAGAAUAAUGUGGAUUACAUAGAGGCAAUGACAAAGGUUUCAAAAUUAUAA